GCCCCCUGUGAGUCAGAGGGUUUUAGGAGAGCUACUGUAAUGACAGCUCAAAGCUGUCCACGUCAACACUGAGCUACAACCAUGGACUCCGCGGCUGUGGAACCCUCGCUCUACACUGUGAAGGCUGUCUUCAUCUUAGACAACGAUGGAAACCGACUGCUUUCAAAGUACUAUGAUCCAGAACUCUACCCAUCCAUGAAAGAGCAGAAGAAUUUUGAAACGAACAUCUUCAACAAAACACAUAAAGCUGACAAUGAAAUCUCUUUCUUAGAGGGAAUGACGAUAGUCUACAAGAGCAGCAUAGACUUGUUCUUCUAUGUAGUUGGCAGCGCUCAGGAGAAUGAGCUCAUGCUGAUGGCAGUGUUGAACUGCUUGUUUGAGUCUCUCAGUCAGAUGUUGAGGAAGAAUGUGGAGAAACGGACUCUGUUGGAUAACAUGGAUGGAGUGUUCCUGGUGGUGGAUGAAAUCAUCGAUGGAGGGGUGAUCCUAGAGAGUGACCCCCAGCAGGUCAUUGAGAAGGUCAACUACAGGGCAGAUGACAACCCAUUAUCAGAACAGAGUGUGGCACAGCACAUCACUGAAAAACUGGCUCUCACCUCAAAUGUGUUGCAGUCAGCAAAGGAGCAGAUCAAGUGGUCAAUUCUAAAAUAACAUUUUCCAUGACCUGUAGAAAUCUGUAAAUUAUUGCAAGGGAAUUUAAUUUUUAUGUUUUUUAAUGAGUUAUAAUUUAAUUAAUUAUUUAAGAAAUGCAGUUGCAUUUCAUGUUCAGUACUGAAAUAUGUAUAUUUUUUGCCAAAGAAUAAUUUGUUUUGUUUUUUAAAUGAUUUGCUUACUGCUUACAUCAGUUACUGCUAACAUCAGUAAAUACAUGCAUACCUGUCUAUUUCAGUACAAAGGAGCUUUGAAGCAAUCGCAACUCCUUUUAACCUCUGCAAAUGUUGGUAUAAUGCUGUUCUGUCUAGAGGAGGUUCAGUCAUGUCAUUUAAAUUGUCACAGGUCUAAACUUCACUGUCUAAACUUUUAUUAGUCUUUCGUCAGUUUUGUAAUUUUGGGUAUGCUUUAAAACCUUUGGUCAAAAUAAUAAUUGACAAAGAUCUGUUACACUAAGUCUCUAUAUUUUGCUAUUUAAAUCUUGUUUUGUUGUUGUUGUUGUUCAAAUGAGAAAAACGCAAUAUAUAUGUGUGUGUGUGUGUGUGUGUGUGUGUGUGUAUGUGAGUGCGUGCGUGCGUGUGUGUGUGUGUAUUUUGUUUUGGUGAUACAAAAUAACAAUAAAGUAACUUUCCAUGAAAAUAAUA